AGACAUAUUUGUCAAAGUCCUAUGGAGGUUUCCUGGGCGACUGUGAUCAACAAAGUCGAUGCGUCACGUCCUCGAAAACUCGCAGAUGCAUGUCUUCUGGUUGCUUCUAUGCCAUUGAUUCGGGAAGCAGCUUUUGUCCCAUGCCGCUCCGUUGUAGAUCUAAAGGCGAUAUCAUUUUCUGUAUUGAUUUUGCCUUAUCUACUAUCCACGGAAACCAGAACCCACCAAUUUGUUCAGGUCAUAAGGUGCUUUGGGAAUUUGGCCCUCAGAGAAGCAUGUUCUACACUUGUUCCUCCAAUUUCGUGCCCAUCCGAAAAGCAGGUUACUAUUAUCGCAAGUCCCACCGCCAAAUUGACUCUGCUUGGGAGCAUGCUCAUAAUACAUGGGGGCCAUCUUCAUUCCUGUAGGAGGUGGAGUUUUGACCCCAUCUUAGAGGGUCAGAUAGCGGCAUCUUAGGGAACCGCCUUUGAUUGGAGGCCACUAAUCGAUACAGGAUAAAACAUGGAGGUGUUGUCUGGUUCUUCACUUGGGCAUCGCCUCCACCAACAUGCUACUCGCUCGAGUUUCGGUCGAAAGUAGGAUGUCCAUUGUGGACGCGAACUGGUGGCGGCUGAUCGUGCUUUGCCAGCAGGGAUCUAUUGCUCGUAGAGAAAAAAGUCGUGUUAUUUGAAAUCCACGUCUUGUGAUGGAAAUUAGCAACCUUUCAACAGCCAGCGCUGAAAUGUGAAGUACAUGUAGGGCCUUGUGGCUGCGCAUACGACAGGAGGAUGGGUUUACUUUGAAGUCAAUGAUUGACAAGAGAAUUCAAUCCCUGUUCAUUGCGCUGGGCUCUCCAUCGGAGUCCAGCCGAGCCUGCGAGGUGGGGAAGGUCGGCAGGCCCGGGUAGGAAUGGAGACUAAAGUCAAAGGUUCCAUGAAGAAAUAACAGCUACAGCCGGAUGCCGUUUCCAGGCAGCCAGCCAAGACCGGGCGUGUUGAAGGGAGGAACGGAGAAAUGGCCCUCGAGCCAAACGACCAAUGGAUCAAGUCGUCGGCAGCAAUUGUGGAUCCUGCUUUGCCGGUUGGCGGUGUGACAUACACGUGGAGUAGAUGUUAGUUUUCUGCUCUGCCUUAAGAACAGUUCAACUAUUCCUCUAUUCUAUUCACAGUCCAUGAUUCACGAAUCACGCAUAUGCAAAUUUUUCUAAAGCUAGUCUUCCCUCCCCAUCAAUUUUGCAA